ACAGUUGCGCGUUUCAGUUUCGUUCGUAGUUUCAAACAGAACAUGUCGCGACUGGUUAAUAUCCGAUAGAAACAAACAUGAAAUGACAAUGAACGUAAUUUAAUACGAUUUUUUUUACUCAAUUAACUUAUUCGACAAAAAGUGACAAGUGAAAAGAAUUUCAAUAUCAACUGAGUUGUUAAUAUAUUAUUUUCGCUUUAUAUGAAUAUUCUGCGUGCCGGAAUAAUCUUUUUUUAAAGGUCAUGACAAAUCAGUUAGUAUUACCAUCGAGAAUAUGACUCUUAUAAAUACUGAAACUAUAAAUAUCGAAGCAAAGCUCAAAGUAAUUUAAAUUUGGCACCAACGGUUGAUUAAAAUGGGAAUCUACAGCUUUCUGUUAUCAAGAUUUGGCAAAAAAAAAACAACAUAUGAAAUAUUGGAGGAUCUUGAUGCGAAAAUUAAAGAGAUAGAAAAAUAUGGAUAUAGUACAGAACAAAGACAUAAAAGAAUUGUUGGAAUCCUUAUAUUAUAUAGCGUGUUAUUUUAUAUCAUAACAGCAUUUGUUUUUUAUUUCUACUUCUUCCAAGCAUCACUAUAUGAUCGAAUAUUCUACAUCAUUCCGUUGUUAAUUUUUCCAAUUUUAAUAUUGCUUACAAAAAAGAUGGUAACAUGGUAUUAUAAAUAUAAAAUUUCUAAAAAUCAAGACAAAUUAAUUACCAUGCAAUCUGAGAAAAAAAAAAUUUUAGAUGAAGUUACAGAGACUGAAACAUAUAAAAAGGCUAAAGAAAUUCUGUUAAAGUUUGCUCCUGAUCAACUAACUAUAAUGUCUUCACUGUCCCCACAGCCUAAAAAUCUUCAACAGUCUACUACUUCGAAAUCUCUCAUGUCUCCCGCUGGAGAAUUGAGAAAACGUGCGAUAAUGAAUCAGAAUCAAACACUAAUUGUGCAAAAUAAUAUACCUACUGACACUAACGUUCCAUGUGAUACUCUUGUUUGUAAUUCACCAAAUAUUCAUUUACAGAGUGCUGGUAGAUCAGUUAAUACUCCAAACAAAGAUUGUAAAUCUCCAGUACCUCAUUUACCAGUACUACCACGUCCAAUAUUACCUAAAAAAAGAACUGGUUUGGAUCGAUUAAUUGAUUAUCUUGUUGGAGAUGGUCCAUCAAAUCGAUAUGCAUUAAUUUGUCAAAGUUGUAACUCGCAUAAUGGAAUGGCUCUCAAAGAAGAAUUUGAAUAUUUUGAAUUCAAAUGUAGUUAUUGCAACUUUUUGAAUCAUGCGAGAAAACAAAAACCGUGUGCUCCGAAACUAAUGUAUAAUGUUGGGCAUAAUAGUCCAUCUUUAAAUACUUCUGAAUAUUUAUCACCUGAUACAAAUACAGAGCAUUUGAAAGAUAGACAAACGGAAUCAAUAAGUGCAUCAGAUUCAGAUUUAAAUAUCGAAGCUGUUAAACAAUCGGUAGAAACAUUGAUAAAGACUGAACAUGUUAGUGAUUCAAUCGAAAAUACAUUAGUAUCUAACAUGAUUAUUCAUUCCAGAUUAAGAAAUAUGCCAGAAUUAACUGAACUUGAUAAAGCUGCAAGUUCUGAACCUGCUAAGGUUGAAGCAACAGGAGCAGGAUCAGGAACUGAUACAGAUUCAGAUGAUACUAUUCCAGAAUUGGACGAUGCAGGGGCUGGUGGUACUGUCGGUUUUCCAGGGACGACUGUCACUGGUCUUCCCAUUGAUAUGGUUUCGAAAGCAAAACAAAGUCGAGGAGAGAAAAAGGCCAGGAAGCUUAUGAGCAAAUUGGGACUGAAGCCUGUGCAAGGUGUUAAUAGAGUAACUAUCCGUAAAUCAAAGAAUAUUCUUUUUGUAAUCAAUAAGCCAGAUGUGUUGAAGAAUCCAGCCUCAGAUACUUAUAUAGUGUUUGGCGAAGCCAAGAUUGAGGAUCUCAGCCAACAGGCUCAGGUAGCAGCAGCUGAGAAGUUUAAAGAGCCACCAGUUAUUCCAGCAACUGAAGCUGGUGGUAGUACAACGGUUGUCGCUCCAAUACAAGAAGAAUCAGAAGAAGAAGUAGACGAAACGGGAGUCGAAGAAAAAGACAUUGAUUUAGUAAUGUGUCAAGCCAACGUUUCCCGAGGGAAGGCCAUUAAAGCUCUUAAAAAUAAUCAGAAUGAUAUCGUUAACGCUAUUAUGGAAUUAACAAUGUGAUGAAGCUACUUAGCGAUAGAGUGUGCUACGUCGUAGCUAUCAUUGUGACAUCAUUUUAUUUUAUCAUCUACAUCAACAAGAAAAAUCAUCCUUUUUUUUCUCUCAUUGAAAGGAUCAAGCUCGAAUAUUAAGAGGCUAGAUUUCGUAUGGAGACCAUGACUUGCCUCGAAGAAAUCCACAUGUAUAUACAUAAUUCAUACGUAAAAAAUAAAUAUACUAAGGACACUA